AUGGGGUGUCGGUGGGUACUGGGGGCUGAGGACCGAGUCGUCAUUUCUCUGGACUUCGGAACAACCUUUUCUGGAAUUGCGUAUGCUUUCUGUAAUCCAGCAAAGAAGCCAGUUGUUACCACCAUAGUGGAUUGGCCGGGACUUGAAGGCCGCACACAGCCGAAGACACCGACCAAAAUAUCAUACGCUCCAGACGAUGCGAAACAGUUCAAAUGGGGAGGCCAGCUGGACUGGGAAGACGACUGCGUUUGCGGUGUGAAGCUGCUUCUCGAUCCAGACCAACCGGAGCCUUUAUACCUCCCAACAGGCAAUAAGAAAAAAGAGAUCAAAAGGUUACCUAAGAACCCCGUUGACGUUGCGGGCGAUUUCAUUGGAGCCAUAUACACCCACGCCAUGACUAAGAUCGAGUCUAAAGUCCCGAGGGAAUACUUCCUUCUUUGUGAGAAGCAGUUUGUCUUAACUGUACCAGCUGUAUGGUCAGAUAAAGCAAAAGACAAUACACUUCGGGCGGCAAAGAAAGCGGGGAUCCACCCAGUGAGUCUAAUAAAGGAACCAGAAGCCGCGGCACUGUACACCAUGUACAGCCAGGAAAGGGCACUAGGGAUCGGGGAUGCCUUCGUUUUGUGUGACGCAGGUGGCGGAACGGUGGAUCUAAUCACGUACGAGGUAGUCGCAACAAGACCGGGUUUGGAGCUAGCCGAAGUUGUUCCAGGGUCUGGUGGCAUGGCUGGCUCUCUUGGGCUGAACAAGAGAUUUGCCGAAGCGGUCCAGGACCUUGUUGGGGAGGAGGAAUGGAUAAAACUGAAAAAGGGCAAAGGAUGGAGAAAGGCGUACGAAGAAUUUGAUCAAUAUGUCAAGCGGCGUUUCCUCGGUGACACUGAGGAAGAGUAUUUGAUCAACUUCCCUCAAGCUGGUUUGGAGGAUAAUCCGUUCGAAGGGCUUAAGAACGAUUGCUGGGCCAUGACUGGAGCAAGGGUGAAGCAAGUCUUCGACCCUCUUGUAAACGAUAUCCUUCGCCUCGUUGACGAGCAGGCCAAGAAUGCCCUUAUAAAGAGACAGGGUCGGGGCAUCAAAGGAAUAUUCCUUGUUGGCGGCUUUGGUGCUAGCCAGUAUCUCAAGGAAUGUAUACAAAAGGCGCACCCUGAUGUCCAGGUUAUACAGCCCGAUGAUGCUUGGGCCGCAAUCCUCAAGGGUGCCGUACUGAGCCGAUUGCCACACCAGGCAGUUGUGGUCUCGACACAGGCAACACAUCACUACGGAGUAGCUGCCUUGUCCAUUUACGAACCGGCUAUUGACAAAGGGCGGCCAACUGAGAUGACCUGGUACAUAUACAUUGGCGAAGACCUGAAGAGAGAUCAGAUGAUGAAGUUCUCAUUUUAUCGGACUUUGAACGCGGACUACAACAACGAUGAUCUCAUCUUUACGGACAAGCUAAUCACAUGCGUUUCGCCAAUCCCGCCUAAUCAUCCGACUCAGGACACUAAAGAGAACUGCACCCUACAGGCGGACUUGCGGGAUGUAGAUAGGGCUCUCUUUAAACAGAAGACAGGCAUUGGUGGCCUCACUUAUUACGAGGUGCACUACGAUCUUGCUGUAUCGACGCAAGCUGCGAACAUGAAAUUUUGGUUGGAAUUUCAGGGGAAGGAAGCAGGAUCUGUUAACGCUGACUAUAAUUGA